CAUCCACGGUUGAUGACAUUGUAUAUUCGGUGCAAGACAGUAUCGUGCCCCGCGAGUCUACGUUGUAUGGCGGUUCCCAGACCCAUAGUCAGGCAUGUGGAAGGGAUAUGUGACGCGUUGAUGCUAACGCAUGACGAGACAGAGGACAUGGUCAUUCCGAAGAAGAUGGAUUUCGAGUACAUGCAUCUUAGUGUUUGACUGGCAUCGCGAGCUCUGUACGGGGCACUGGCGGCAAGUGGCGGGACCAAACCUGUUACCACAGCGAACUACGUUCUACUAUGAGUCUUGUGGCAUGCGACAGUGCAAGUGUGAUGAAGGUGGUAGUCAGAUAACAGCUGACCUUCAAUUGAUACUUGUCUGUGUGGAUGGGGCUGCAGAGUUGGUAUUGUCUUAAUUCCCCUCCUCAUCAAUUGCCACCUUCAUCACAUAUGUAUUUUUCAUGACUGUCUACUCAGUCUGUCUGUCCAUACCAACCCAUUCAGUCUAUUAAAUCAUUAUGAUCAGAAUGAGUUGGGCGCACCAUACCCAUGUUGGGUGUUUUGGACAAUUCUCUAUCUUGGAAACCAUUCCUGUUGACAAUGCGGUGCAUAGAGUGCCUCAGGGUACAAUGAAAAGUGAAUUUCCUGUGUAAUUUUGUUGCCCCUUCUUUGGUUUCAGAAAGGUUUUAGCAAUCUUGGCCAGAUGUUGAUGGGGUUCUAGCCCCAUCCCCUGAUCUGUGCAGAUCUUUCCCCAGACUAUGGAGGUGGCAACAUGAAUUGGUCAGGGUGUUAGAACAUUUAAGAAAACUUGGCUAUCAAUAUCAAUGGUAUUGCUUCUGGACUAUUUAAGCAAUCUGAGCUGUCACCAUCAAAGAUGUUGCUUCUGAGACAGAUGAUGCAUGGUGGGCGGAUGUGCAGUGUGGCGGCCCAGGUGGCUGUCAGACACUCCUUUCUAAGCCCAGUCAUACCCCGAUAUGCAAGUACUUUCCUGAGUGAUGUGCCCUUUGACUUCAGUCCAUAUCAGUGUGUGGGCUUUGACCUGGACAACACGCUAUGCCAGUACCAGGUGCAGCCACUGAUGGAGAUGGCUUACGACCAGUGUCUUGUGCCGCACCUCAUCUCUCGCUGGCAGUACCCAGCCGACGUGUUUGCGCCCAUGUGUGACCAGCUCGAGUUGUGCGCGCGUGGCCUCAUCCUGGACACCAUGGCGGACGGCAUCGCGCACAUGUACGCGCGCCAUCAGUUCGCCGCCGACGACGGCGGCUUCUUCAGCCGGCUGCGCGCCGACACGCCGGCGCUGGCGCACCCGUGCAGCGCCGCCGUGCUGCGCCUGCUGCGCCAGCUGCGCAGCCAGGGCAAGCUGCUCUUCCUGAUCACAUCGUCACACGCUGACUACGCGCGGCACAUGGCGCGGCUAGCGCUCGGCGGCGCCGACUGGUUCGACUUUUUCGACGUGGUGGUGACGUACGCCUGCAAGCCGCGCUUCUUCACGGGCCGCGCGCCGUUCCUGGCCUUGGACGCGGCCGACCGCGAGGGCAGCUGGGCCGAGCUGUACGGCCUGCUGCAGCGGCAGCUCGGCACCGAGCGGCCCGCCUGCGUCUACGUGGGCGACAACCUCGCGUACGACGUGCACCCGGCGCGCGCCUACACGCGCUGUCACGUGGUCGCCGUCUGCGAGGAGCUGGAGGCGGAGUGGGGUGUGCGCUGCGCGAGCGGUGCGCCCACCACCGUGCGCCACUCGCGCCUCUGGGGCUCGCUGCUCUCGGAGGGCGACCAAGACACGCUGUGGGGCGCCGUGGUGCGCGGCGCGCACGGCUGCGUGCCCAGGGUCGAUUACCUGGUGCCGCACUGA